CACGAGAGCCGGAGCGACGUUACUUUGUGACUGACGGAGGCGGCGACGCUGCGGACGACGAGGGCCCGCGUCUUCGCUUUGUCUGCUUAGUUAUUGGACUGUCCCUUGGUGAGAAUACACAGGAAGAAAGGGGCAACUGAGUACUAGACAAUGCAACCACAGGAAUCAGUGACCUUCAAGGAUAUAGCUGUAGACUUCACCCAGGAAGAGUGGGCCCUGCUGGACACAUCCCAGAGAAAGCUGUACAGAGAUGUGAUGCUGGAGAACAUCAGUCAUCUGGUCUCUGUGGGGUAUCAUCUCUGCAAAUCAGAUGUGAUUUCCCAGUUGGAACAAGGAGUGGAGCUGUGGAGGGAGGGAAGAGGAUUUCCCCAAGGCCCGAAUCCAGACAGGAAAAGUGGUCUUAAGAGACAAGAAGACAUCUGCAGAAAGGACCCAUCUAAUUGCAUGUCAAUGAAUGUACAACAGCAAGAGUGAACCUCGAGACAUGAUUGUGGUCAGGCUAUCAUUGAACCCUGCUGUUCUGAAAUCUGAGGGUUCCUACUGCCUGGGUGCUGCAGGAAAAAAUGUAAUUUUGUUUCACCUCAGUCAUAUUUGAUUUCUAAUAUUUUAAUGAAAACAGUUUUUAAAAUGUAAAAAUCCCUAAGAAUAUUCUCAUCAGUAAAUGCAAUGCAAAUAACUAACA